AACACUGACAGGAUAUUGUUCUACUUGUUAUUUCAGGCUGAUGGAAAACUACACGUACAACAGCUUCAUACUUCAGAUAGAAGGGUUAAAGGUCUCAAAGGAUUCCAUGUACCCUGUUUUUUUCUUUUUCCUCAUUGCCUACAUUGUUAUAAUGGCUCUGAAUAUAGGCAUUUCAAUUAUAAUUUUGAUGGACAAGAACCUUCACCAGCCUAUGUAUGUCAUUUUCUGCAACCUGUCAGUCAGUGACAUGAUUGGUAGUACUAAUAUUGUGCCCCGUUUGCUUGCGGAUAUUUUAGUGCCUCCAUCUCAGCGUCUCAUCACUUAUUAUGAAUGUGUGGUCCAAGCUUUCAUUACACAGCUGUUUGGUACAACUUCCCACACUGUGCUCAUGAUUAUGGCCUAUGACAGAUACGUGGCCAUUUGCAAUCCACUGCACUAUGCUUCCAUAAUGACCACCAAAAUGGUGAUUAAGCUGACAGUUGCUGCUUGGGGAGUGGCCUUCGUUUUGGUGGGGAUUCUGCUCGGUCUGACCAUACGUCUCAACCGAUGCAGGACUGUGAUCAUGAACCCAUACUGUGACAAUGCUUCCCUGUUUAAGCUCUCCUGUGAGAGUGUGUUGAUCAAUAACGUCUAUGGUCUCACUUUCACUGUAGUGUUGAUAGCCGCCUCUAUAGGCAGCACAAUUCUCACAUAUGCUAAGAUAACAAUGGUCUGUGUGAGUGGUAAAAACAAGUCUUUGAACAAGAAAGCCUUGAAGACCUGCAGCACUCACUUGGUUGUGUAUCUGAUCAUGUUGAUCAGUGGAUUUAUUGUCAUUAUUCUGCAUCGCUUCCCUCAAUAUGCAGACUACAGAAAACUUGCCGCCAUUUUGUUUGUGAUUGUCCCUGGCAGCCUUAACACCAUUAUUUAUGGGGUGCAGUCUAAAGAGAUACGAACAUUUUUAUUCAAAAUAUUUUGUUACAAAUAAUGCAAGCCAGUAUGUUUUAAAUGUUUACCUUGUUGAUAUGUAAUAUGGAUUCUGUGAUAUCCACUGACAUUUACCAAUGUAGAAAUCUAAAGCUUUACAUGCAGCACAUGCAGCAUAGGAAUACAGCACAAGCACAACUCAAAUGGUAGAACAUGACAUACUGACUCUGUCCGUGUGAACAGCUUAGAUGUCAGAAAUUGAGAUGAGCCAAUUAGUUAUUUUAAGUAACUACUGAAAGUGGUGUAAGUGGCCAGUUUAUACUUCUAAUGUAUGUGCACAGGCUAAAAGAAAUUCAUUACACCUCGAUUUUCUGAUCAGUUGUGUAUUAUUUAUAAGAAGGGGCAUCAUCACUGUCACCAAUGCAACUCGAUGAAAACAAAGAAAAGGGUACCUCAUCUUUUUGAAAGACAAAGGUGGUAUCCCCAGAGGUAUGUACAUAAAUCACUGUUUAAUGAAAUUAAUCCAUUACAACACCACUGUGAACAUUCAUAUAAAAACUGAGUAU